AUGACAAUUGAACAAAAUAGUAGUACGGCAGACGAAUCAGAAAGAGAUAUUUCUAAAAAGAAUAUUAAAAUUGGAAUAGUAACAUGUGAAAGACACCCUGAAGGUUCGAAAGAUGAUAAGUCAAUGCUCAAGCAAUUGUUUGAUAAAUUCGAACAACAAUGUCAAAUAGUUUCUUGGACUGAUGAAACUGUCGAUUGGGAACAAUUUACUUUAUUAAUAAUUAGAUCUACUUGGGAUUACGUAGGAAAAUUUGAAGAGUUUAAGAAAUGGUUGGAUAGAAUAGAUUCAUUGAAAAUAAAGAUAUUGAAUGACAGUAGUGUAAUUCGUUGGAAUUGGAAUAAACAAUAUCUUUUGGAGUUGGAGGAGAAUGGAUUUGAAAUAGUUCCCAGUAUAAUAGUGAAGAGCGACAGCCAAACAUCUGAUUCAGUCUUGUCGCUGAAGGAAUACGUUAAACAAGGUGUUGAAGCUGGUAAAUUCGAUAGGGAUCAAAGCGAAUACGUGAUGAAACCGGCUGUAAGUGCAGAUGCAUACGGUACAUUCAGAUUCAAUCUAGACAAUUGCCAGGAGAUGGACUUGGAGUUUAGAAAGUAUUUGGCAGAGUUUGAUAUGAUCAUUCAACCGUUUGUAGGGACUAUUCAGACCGAUGGCGAAGAUUCAUUCUUGUUCUUCAACAAGAAAUUCUCACACGCCUGUGUGAAACGUCCGGCAUCACAAGAUUUCCGUGUCCAAGAGAAUUUCGGUGGUGUCAUUCUUCCAAACACGAAUCCCCUUGAUUCUGAAAUUCAAUUGGCAUCCAACAUUGUAAAUUAUAUAUCUAAAACUAAAGGAAAUCUUUUAUUCGCUAGAGUUGAUAUGUUGAGAUAUAAAGGUAGAUUAUGUUUAAGUGAAUGUGAACUUAGAUUAUUUUUGAUUGCAAACAUUACAUAUAAUAUAAAUAGAAAUAGUAGUAGUGGCUAUCAUUAUUGUACAAUUAAUAGAAAUAACAACAAUAGCAAUGGUGAUAUCAAAAGUGCAGCUCAAGACGAUGAUGUAAAUAUAAAGAUAAAAAAGAUUCUAUCACAAUUCCCAAAGAUAAAAUAUGGAUUUGCAUAUGGAUCUGGUGUGAUCUCACAAAAAGGAUACGAAUCAAAUAGUAAUAAGCAACCGAUGAUCGAUCUGGUGUUUGCAGUGGAGAACUCUGAACAGUGGCACAAAGAGAAUAUAAAGCAAAACUUUGAUCACUAUUCAUUCCUCGCUUACUUUGGUGAAUCAACUGUUACCACCGUACAAAAGAUGGCUGCAAAAGUAUAUUAUAAUACAUUAUUAAAUUAUAAUGGUAUUAGAUAUAAAUAUGGAGUCAUUGAAUAUAACGAUUUAUUAGAUGAUUUGAAGAAUUGGGAUAGCCUUUAUAUAUCUGGUAGAAUGAUGAAACCGAUUUUAGACUUGCCAGUGUGUGAGCAAGAUGCUCUCAGUGAAAUGCACUCGGUCAACAGCUCAAAGAAUCAGACAUUCGCAAUUACAUGUGCGUUGAUGAUGCUACCGAAGCAAUUCAGCGAAUACCAAUUGCUCCACCAGAUAUCAUCGAUCUCCUACAUGGGUGACAUCAGAAUGAAAGGCGGCGAGAAUCCCAAUAAGAUUCAUAACAUAGUGGUGAACAACAUCGAGUCGAUGCGAGCAAUCUACAUGCCGUUGAUUAAAAAGAAUUUCGCAAGUUACCUAAAGAUCGAUUACUCUGAAAGCGAUAAUCAAUACCAUUUCACGCAAUUGGCAUCGACUCAAUUGGAUUACUUUGAAAUGGCAUCGUUACUACCACCAAAGAUAAGAUCCGAUGUAUUGAACAAUCUGAGAAAGAAUGUAAAACUAAACAACGAGCCAACUGUAUCUGCGGACCAAGUAAGACAAUCGAUCUCCAAGAUUGUUGGAAGCAGUAGUUUUAACCAAUCCGCCAAAGGUGUAUUAACAGCAGGUCUAUUUAAAUCUGUUGAAUAUAUUUAUAGAAAGUUGAAAUCAAAGAAAUAA